AUGGCUCCUAUUCGUGUUGGUCUGAUUGGUUUGACAAUUGUCACUCCCUCUGAUGAAGGCUAUACACCUGGAAGCUGGGGCCUCGCCCAUCUUGCCUGUCUCACCGGAUCUCCUCACUACAAGCUUGUCGCCUUAUGCAACUCUACUGUGGAAAAGGCGCAGAAGUCUAUAGAACACAACAAGCUUGACCCUGCAACCAAGGCAUAUGGCUCGGCAGAGGAAUUAGCCCAGGAUCCGGACAUCGAUCUCGUUGUCGUUUCCGUCCAUGUUGACAAGCACUAUGCUCUGGUGAAACCUGCACUGCAGAAGAAGAAGAGUGUCUUUGUCGAGUUUCCUCUUUCAGGAUCUUACAAGCAGGCUGAGGAAAUGGCAGACCUUGCCAGGCAAGCAGGCGUUAAGACUGUAGUUGGAGCCCAAGCUCGUGCAAAUCUUGCGCUUAAGAAAGUGAAGAAGUUGAUCAAGUUGCGAGCAAUAGGUGAUGUCGUUAGUACCAGUUGGACGGGCCAUCUGAGUCUUUCGACCUGGUCUGGACUGCCAGAAGGGUUGAAAGACUUUGUGGACCUAGAAGGUGGACCAGGCCGGAUUAAUAUCGGUCUAGGACAUGGUCUCGACCCAUUCUUGGAUACACUCGGGGAAUUCAAAGAUGUCCAGGCGACCUUCAAAACCUACCAAAAGACAACUCCAUUAUUCGAUGCUACCGGGACUGUCGUUGAUCCUGCGUACAAAGUCACGGCGCCAGACUUCAUUUUCGUGCAAGGUAUACUAGAAAGUGGAGCCUCGGCAUCUAUCACUGUGCGUAAUACUCCAGCUUCAGCUGAUGAGGCCGGAUUCAGAUGGAUUAUCAGUGGCUCGGAGGGAGAGAUCGUAUUCACUAGCCCGGUCGGUGGCUAUAUCCAGGGUCCUAUGCCUGAGGCCAAGGUGUUCCUCAGGAAAUGGAAGGGUGAGACGGAAGAAGUCGAUUGGAAAUAUGAUGAGCCGGCUUAUGUCACCAACGUUUUCGACUUUGGAAUCAACACGGCCCGCCUAUAUGAGGCGUUCGCAACUGGCGAUGAGGAUGGUUAUGCUUCGAUUGAGUCAGCACGGAAAGUUCACCAUCUCAUUGAACGAGUCAAGAAGGUGGCCAUAUGGGCACCUUAA